GUAUACGGCGCCUGUGUACGGUUUAAAAAUAAAUUUCUCUAAAUUAUGUGAAUCGUAUUGAAGUUAUAAUUAUAAUUUUUGAGUUUUACUGGCACUUAGAUACAAUGGUAGAAAAAUAUAUGAAAUACAUACUUAUUAUGGUGACAGUGAAAAGUUUAUCAAUCAGUUAUGAUAAAGUGAUAAUCAAAACAAUGUGUGUAUAAUAAAAUGUGAAUACAGGCCUUUAGUAAACAGCUCAUCCAUUAUAGAGAUGUUAAAUUAGCAAUUACGUGCUCUUGGCAUUGGCGGAUGUGUAAUAUAGACGGAGAAUGAGUAAAUGCGUGUAUUUACAAGUAACUGAUAAGAUAAUGCGACAUCAAAUGUAGUGAUUGGGAGUAUCAUAAAGUUCUUGUUUCGUGCGACACACGGACCCAGUGCCACCAAAGAUACGAUUCGCGAUGGACCGUGCCACGGCGCCUGAGUUAGAGAAAAUUAUCGUGAAUGACAACGAUGGCGGAACAAAGGAAACUCCGAAGCACAAGGCUUACAGUGAAGUUAGUUCGUCGAAUACACCGUUUUGGAGACAGGCCUUCAUAGCAUCGGGUUCUUUCAUGCUGUCCUUCAGUGCGGGAGCGACGGCGGGAAUUUCAGCGAUCCUUAUACCGCAGCUACAGAGCGGACAUAAUAAAUAUUCCACUGAAAUGGUGUCAUGGCUAGCUGCCAUAGCAUCCCUCGCGUUAGUUUUUGGUAAUAUGAUAUCAGGAUAUUUAAUGGAAAAACUGGGAAGAAGAUCAUCUCAAAUAUUAUUAUCAGUAUUUUACAUAGCAGGAUGGACUAUUAUCGGCUUUGCCGGUCAUAUAAAUCUAAUAUUAUUGGGAAGAUUUAUCACAGGGUUCUGUCAAGGAUGGCUCGGUCCUUUGGGACCAGUUUUUGUAGGUGAAAUAAGCUCACCAGCAUACAGAGGGUUGUUUUUGGCUGGCUUGUCCUUGAGUAUAGCGUCAGGAGUUUUUAUGUCACAUUUGUUUGGAACUUACUUACACUGGAGUCACGCUUCGUUACUCUGCGGAGCAUUUCCUUUACUCGGAUGUAUCAUACUUUACUUUGCACCGGAAUCACCGGCUUGGUUGGCGUCUAAAAAUCAAAUCGAAAGAUGUGUGAAAUCUUUUCAAUGGUACAGAGGCAACAAUCCAGCAAUGAAGUUGGAACUAGAGAAAAUGAUAGCAGACCAGACUAAAAAGAAAGAAGAAAAGAGUAAAAUAAAAACAUUGACCGAGAACAUAAAGAAACCGGAAUUUUGGAAACCCUUGUGUAUAAUGAUUGUGUUCUUCAUAGUGACCCAGUUAUCCGGUAUUAAUGUUAUAUGUGCAUACACAACUGAUAUUAUGGAAGUCCUCAUUGGGACCGAUAAAAAUAAAUAUGCUGCUAUGCUAGCGACAGAUAUUUUACGCGUAAUUGCAUUGAUAACAGCAUGCAUUGCUCUUAGAAAAGUUGGACGGCGUCCCUUGGCUAUUUUUAGCGGAGUUUUCACUACUGUAGCGCUAAUAUGUCUAGCAAUUUAUCUGUACCUGGUUAAACUUCGUGUUAUUAGACAUAUAUCACCUUUUGUAUCUUUAGGUUUGAUGGCUAUUUAUGUGUUUGUGUCAAACUUGGGAAUAUCUCUUCUACCUUGGAAUAUGGUUGGUGAACUAUUUGCCACAGAAACGAAGGGCUUGGGUUCUGGUAUAAGUGUCAUGAUGACAUCAGUUUCCUACUUUGCUACGAUCAAAACUGCACCAGCUAUGUUCCAAGGAUUAGGUCAUCACGGUACAUAUUUAUUUUAUGGCACCUCUACAUUAUUAGGGACGAUAUUUUUAUAUUUCUAUUUACCUGAAACUAGAAACAAAACUUUAUUACAAAUAGCGGAAGAGUUUAGGUAUAACGACAAAAGCAAAUCAAAAGAAUUAUCCAAUUUGACGACCGCCUGAUGGUAAUGUCAAGUGAACAGCAAUUUGAUAAGAAUAUAAUCAUUUUGGCAGAUAACUGAAUAAAUAAAUUAGAGUAAUAUUAUAUUCAUAACGUAAGUAGAUAAACAAAUUGUAGAAAUGCUGCAACAGCAUGUUAAGGUUAACUACAUUUUACGAACUUCUUCGCUUUAUUUAAAUAAAAGAGUGCGUGUAAUUUACAUAAAUCAAAAAACAAAAUCAAACAUAAUAUGAAUGUCAGAUAACUACAACAAGUGACUACUUAACCUAGUGAGAUAAUAACAUGUAAAGAGGACAUUGUUAAAAACUUUGAAGUUUUAUAAUGAGUAUUAUGAAAUGAUAGACAUCUAAUGUGUAGUGAUAAUGGUAGAUAUGAAGAAGGAUGUUUUUUACCGAUGAUUACCCAAUACAAUACGAUUAGCGUAUCAAACAAUUGUUACUACUUUACCACUAAUGAAUAUUUAUAUCCGGAGCGAUAAUAGUUGUUCUUGACACGCAAAUAAUGCUUAUCGAAGGGAGUUGGUGAUGCAUCGAUGCCUUCUAGCUAAUAAAAACCUGAGGUCUAUUUCACAGUACGUUAAAGACGGACAAGUGGCACGCGUCAUCGCUAAAUUACAAACAUCUUCCUGUUUUGACACGUGGAUAUGAACCUUAAAAGUGUGCACUCUUCGAUGAUUCGCUAACAUCUGUGAACCACUUUUUCGGAAACCAGAAAUUCCCACGUUGUAUGAAACGCGUCGGGGUUUUUGUCAAAAACAAAAAAAUCAGGAAAACAUCUGGAGAGUAUGGCUCUUGGGUAUUUUUAGAUUACCUUAAGUUAUGAAGAAAUUUUAAAGAAAAAGAAGAGUGAGUUAAGCUUUAGUUAUUUUUAAAGGUCUAUUAAAUUAAUAAAAAUUUUAUCUCAAGCAUAAACGAUUGUGUUCUUUGUGUUUCCACUUUAUGUAAUGUUUAUAUUAGGAAUAAUUCUCAUAUUAUCAUUGCGUGAUUAUAUUAUUGUCUCGUAGUGAUAUGUUAUAUUGAACUUGGUGAUCUCUUUUGCAGCUUUGUCAUAUUCAGUAAUUAUUUCACAUUAAAAGGUAUAUUUAUUUAGAGUUCUAUUUUAAUUUGAUAUCCUGUCAGUUAUCUUCAGUCAGUCUGUCUGUCAGUUAUCUGUUCACGGUCAAACCGCUGUAUUUAUUUAAAUGCAUUUUAAUACAGUGAUAAAUUGGACCUUCGAGCGAGAUAGCUAUAUAGUUAAUAGAUAGCUUACUUCUAUCUGUUGCGGGAUUCAUGACAAAAACAAAUUCACGCGAAUGGAAUUCCGAGUGUCAGUCAGUACCUAAUAUGAACAAAAUUAUCAUAUCAGAAGAAAGAACAGUCGAUGCAAGCUAAUAAAUCAGUUCAAUAGAAUGCACGUCGAAGCUUAGGGAACGCGUCAAAAUUGCCCUUUAUUUCCACGUCAAGGAGUUCCUGUGCUUUCAUUUGUUUAUUCCAUUGUGUACAAUGCAUAUCAUAUCAUGGUCUAAGCGAUGGUUCGUUUGAAGCGGAACGAAUAUUUAAUAAUAAGACACGUGCCAGAACGGAAACUGUACACGUGUUAUCAAUUAGUGGAGCUAGAAUGGUAUAAAAAUUUACUAGAAUAAACCAAAGUUCAUUUUUAAGUGGGCGGAAUUGUUAACAAAACAUAUGAAGGGCUUUAUUGAAAAUUUUGUUGAUUAUAUCAAUAUGGGUGAAAUAUUCCUAAGAAAUAGAUAGUAAGACGAUUUUUAACCAACUUCAAAAAAGAAAGAGAUUCGCAAUUCGAGUCUAUGUCUUUAUAAAUACCUAAGUACUACCAGUUUUAGAACGAAGUUCUUUUACGCGUAGCAAGAUGUUAAAGAUCAAAAAUAAGUACAAAAGCAGCAAAAGUAAUGUAGAUUUAAAUAGUUUCCUCCUUUAUUACGCAAUUGUUGAGCAAGUAAUCAUUUUUUAAUAAUUUACUAUAAAAUUGAUUUCUUUUUGACGUAAAAAGAAUGUAGGCAUUUUGAGUUUUUAAGCCAUGCAACCGGCGGAGAGUGAGGAAGCACCUCACAAAACGCGAAGCGGAGUUUUUGAGGUGUUGGUUAUUGCUUCAAGCUACCUUUGACUGAAACAACGACCGGGACAAUAAAUGUUCACUGAAUGAUAUAUUUGUACAAAAAUAUAAUUUAAUUAAAAUAUCUGUAGUCAAAACUCAAAAUAGUUAAGGUACUUCUGUGCAUUGAAUUAUUUUGGCUAGAUACUUAAUAUGAAUAUUUAACACAUUACAGUCUUAUUUUAGUAUGCAUUUAUACUCUGGUGCAUACAAUCGACAUUUAAAAUGUAAACGAAUUUGUAAAGUACAAUUUGUAAUGAAGGAUACAAUUUAAAAUAUUUUGUAAUGUGCAUAAUGUACUUACUCGUAAAACAUAUAAGGAUAUAAUAAAUUUUGUGAAAUUAUGUGUUUCUUGGUAUGCCAGUCAGAAUAAAAUUUAAAAAAUACCAA